CCCCUUCCCAUAACCACAGCUCCCUCAGUCUUUCAUUUCUUUUCUCUUUCCAUCUAUCUUUCCCCACCUUAACCCACUGAAGCUUAGCUACAUCUCUCCUCCUCCUUUCUUCUUCCAGCUCCAUGGAGAAAGCUCCACAUCUUUUUCGUCCAAAACCCUAACCCUAACUCUAAUCCUCAACUAUCUUAAAGGAAAGGCACCCAAAAAAAAAAAAAAACAGACUAGCACUUGUAACUAAAAAUUCUUCUACAUGUUUGAGCCAUGGACUUAACUGUCACUAAUACCACAAUCACCACCACUGCAUCUGUCAAAACCCCCGAAGCUGAAACCGAAACCCCAACGCGGAUCCAACCAUCUAAGCCCUCUUCUUUCUCUAACGGCGUCCUCAAGCGCCACCCUGCUGUCCACCACCACUUCCACCACCACCACGCCAGCUUCAACAACAACAACAACCACCACCACCACCCACAUGCUACCCUUCUGGUUACUUACAAGGAAUGCCUCAAGAACCACGCCGCCAGCUUGGGAGGCCACGCCGUCGACGGUUGCGGCGAGUUCAUGCCUUCCCCUACUGCCACUCCCACUGACCCCACCUCCCUCAAAUGCGCUGCCUGCGGCUGCCACCGCAACUUCCACCGCCGGGAGCCUGAAGAGCCGCUCCCACCUCCUAACACCACCGCAGCUCUCGAGUACCAGCCCCACCACCGCCACCAUCCUCCACCUCCGCUCCCACCAGCUCAACGUAGCAGCGGUGGACACAGCAGCCCCAGUUCUCCGUCUCCUCCGCCGAUCUCCUCGUCAUAUUACCCCUCGGCUCCCCACAUGCUUCUCGCCCUCAGUGCAGGCUUGUCGGGCCCGCCCCAGGACAGCAACAUCCCCAUAACCCCCACGGCCAACGCGGGCGCCGCUGUCACGGCUGGAAACUCGAAUGGGAGGAAGAGGUACCGGACAAAAUUCACUCCGGAUCAGAAGGAAAAAAUGCUGGAUUUCGCUGAGAAAGUUGGAUGGAAAAUUCAGAAGAGAGACGAAGAUUUGAUCGCGGAAUUCUGCAACGAAAUUGGGGUGGAUAAAGGGGUGCUCAAAGUUUGGAUGCAUAACAACAAAAACACUUUUGGAAAGAGAGAUCAAGCUAACAUUUCCUCCGGCGGGGCCAACUCCGCGGCCGCAGGAGCAGCAGCAACGACAGACAACGGCAACGGUAUGGAAUUCACUAUCCACUACCACCACCAAAAUCAUGAAAACAACAAUGACAACAAAAACGGGAGUCAUAACCACGAGUUAAUGCACCAUAGUGAUAGUGUUAGUGCUCAUGUUGUGGCCACUAACGGGUCAUCCUCUUCUUCUUGAUCUUUUGGAAUGGAUGGAUGGAUGAAGGAUGAAUAAUAAGUUUUAGUAGGUGAUAGCUAUCAGAAAGAAAAAGAGAGUGGAGACACUAAGCUGAGACUGCUACUGUUAGUUACUGCUUUAUUAGAUUUUCUUUUGUUCCUUUCUUCCCCCUAUUUUGAGAAUGUUGUUCUUAGCUAACGAACGACUAGCGAUCCGUGAAAAAGAUUUAGUAAAAGAUAAAAAUGGAGGGCUAUUGUUCAAUUGGGAAUUUAAAUUUUAAAUUUUUCGUUUUGACA